CUUCUUCUUCCUUCUCCUUCUUCUUCGGAUAUGGUGGCGGUGGAGACGCGAAUGCACAGAGACAGCGAGCGAGCACUGCAGAGAAGUCGAGAGGAGAGGCGGGGGUGAACUGAACUGAGAAGAUCGGAGGAUUCGUUAGUCUUCCUUCGCUCAUUCAGCUGCUGAUUGGAGGAGUUACGGCGGUUAGUAGCUUCUGCCUUCGUUCGACGGCUGCCGGAGGCCUCAGACUGGUGUUGAGCUGAUCAAUCGACGUAAGUAGGAAGAGAAGGGCAAGCUAUACUGAUUGACAAAAUUUCAUCUGACUGUUCGAUCCUGCACUUCCGCGUAGAGACCUUCGAAGUAGCUAUACAGAGACCAUAAUCGUCAGCUCUGGUUGUUGGAUUGGAGAGGCCUAGUUCCUGCUGCUGUUGAAUAGAGAUCCUCGAGGCUGCAGAGGAAGUGGUUGAAGAUCAGAAAUUGCAAGCUUCAGCUCGGAUUGUCGGAGAAGGAAGGGCGAGGUCUGAUUCCUAUUCGAAGUGCUGUAUAAAUAUAUUAUCUGUAUGCACAGCUGAAGGACGCACGGAUGCUCCUCGGUGACGAUUUAUGGGGUCCUCUGCCACUCUCCGCCUCAAUCUUCCACCUUCUUCCUCGCGUUGCUUCCUUCAGUGCUAUUUGGGGUUAAACUGGAAGCAGCAACCGUUAACUCUUUUCAGCUCCUUAAAUAGAAGAAACCAGUCUCUUCAGUGCAUCAAAUCGGUAGCAAAUAAUAAGAAGCAACACCUUAAUGGAAAUGGAUCUACUGAACCUUCAAGGAUUCUUCUCGAGAGACUUUUCUCACAAACACAGAAGCUGGAAGAACAAAUGAGCAAAUAUUUGCGUCUUCCUCAGGAUCUUCACUUGGAGCUGAAUCUUGAAACACUGGAGUCGGAUCUUCAGGCUGCUUUGGCCGUCCUAAAGAAGAAGGAAGAAGAUCUGCAGGAGGCAGAAAGAAAAGUUAGGUCGGAACACAUUGAGUUGAGCCAUGCCAGGGAGGAACUAGUGCGGAGAGAGGAGGUGAUUACUUCGGCAUUCUCCAAGCAUGAAAAAUUGAAAGAGGAGCUGAAGCAGGCUAAUUUGACCUUAGCCUCUCAAGCCAGAGAAAUCGAAGAAUUAAAGCUUCUUGCUCGGGACAGGGAACAGGAGAUCCUGGCUGCCCAAUCUGCAUUAUCCCUAAAGGAAGAAGAAUUGGAAAAAAUGAAAUAUGACUUGGUGAAGAAGACAGAGGAGGCCUCGAUGUUCGAAGUCAAACUCAAAUCUAAGGCAGAAAUGCUGAAUGAUGCCAAUGAAGUCAUAAAGAACCAUGAACUUGAGAUUCAAGGACUCCGAAAAGCAAUAUUUGAGAAAGAGCAGGAGUUAAAAAUUUCAUUGACAAUGAGAAAGGUUGACGAGGAGAAGCUGAGAGUUGCAGAGACCAAGUUGGAGAAGCAAACAACUGAGUGGUUUUUAGCGCAGGAGGAGUUAAAGAAACUGGCUGAAGAAGCAUCUAGGCAUGAAGAGGAAUCUGGUGAAACGUUGGAGGAGUUUAGACGAGUGAAGAAGCUUCUUGUGGAUGUGAGGUCUGAAUUGAUGUCUUCUCAGUCAUCUUUGGCCUCUUCGAGAGAGAGGAUGGAAGAGCAGGAGAAGCUUUUACAGAAACAAUUAGAAGAACUCGAAGAGCAGAAAGAAGGCAUCCUCUCUUACAUUACAAGCUUGAAGGAUGCUCAGAUAGAAGUACAGAGCGAAAGAGUAAAAUUAAGGGUUGCAGAUGCUCAAAACGAGGAGCGUGAGCGUGAAUUAUCCACGCAGAAAGAACUGAUGGAAUCGUUGCAAGAGGAGCUGAAGAAAGAGCGAGCUUCACUCCAACAUGCACUUGAGGAGAUGUCAUUCGUGCAGGCUGAGUUAGAUCGGAGAAAUGCUGAAUUCGGAGAGACCCACAAGCUUCUUGAGUUUAAACAAGCGGAACUUGUGGAAGCAAAAUUGGAAAUCCAGCACUUGAAGUCUGAACAGGCUGCUCUUCGGCUUGUUCUGGAGGAUAGAGAUCUCGAACUCUUGAAUGCAAGGAAGGCCUUAGAAGAAGUCAACCAGGAAGUUGGAGAGCUAAAGACACUCAUGGAUAGCAGGGAAAAUCAGCUCAUUCAAGCUACUAAUAUGAUAAAUGAGAAAGAUGAACAUGCUAGGAGCAUGCAGUACGAGCUAACUGACACGAAACUGAGGUUUGCUGAAGCUGAAUCUGUUGUAGAACGUAUUAUAGAGCUGACAGCCAAGCUGGUUGUGUCAGUAAAGGAUGAAGAGCAUGGUCUAUCAUUGAGCUCGUCCGAAGAGGGCGAGGAGUGGCUAAAUGAGCUGGUCCUGGGAGCAACAGAUGAUUAUCAAUGGAGGACAAGACAGCUGGAAACUGAGAUGGGUUUGACCCGACAGAUCCUAAGGGAGAAAGAGAUGGAGCUUCUAGCCGCCCAGGGGGCUCUAGCUGUCAAAGAUGAGGAGCUCAGGACCGUCCUCAGGAAACUGGAGGAGAGAGAGAAGGAAAUGAAGAGGCUGAAGGAAGAAAUGACAAAUGAUGCCAGUGAGUUGAAGAAGCUCUACGAGCUGGUGCAGGAGAAGAUAGGUGAGAAAACCAUGGGGGAUCUUGCAAUCGAGAAGCUUCAGCUGGAGGCAGCUCAACUCGAGGUUGAGGCUGCAACCACUGCACUCCAGAAGCUUGUGGAGAUGAGUCGAGAACUGUUAACUAAAACUAGCAUGUGCAUUGAGGCAGACUCUGACUCCGAUAUCCUGAAUAAUGGCUGUUCCUAUAAUGACAUGAGCUUGGACGAGAACAAUGAAUGCCUCAGUGAGGUCAAAGCCAGGGUGGAGAGGCUUUCAGCCCUGAGCGAGCAGCUCGUGAGGGAGGCGGGCAUAUCUGUGGGGGUGGAGUAGUAGGUGUAUUUAUUGGAAGUUAUUGCAUUGCUGUAAAUAGGAGAGAGAUUUGACUGUCAAAAGUUUUUUGUUCGACAAGCAUAAAGCCCUGAGAGGGAUUCCGUUCUGUUGUUACCGGAAUAAACUAACACUUGAAAAACUAGUGCUGUGCGUGUGGAGCAGAAAGGAUCGUAAUGAGUGUUUGUAUUGUAUGCUCACUGCGAUUUUGGUGAAACAAUUUGUCUAGUCUUGUGCCA